AUGAAAUCCGCCGCCUCCUCGGUUGCUCGGCAUUUCUCGUCGUUGCUCUUUCUUCUCCUUCAUCUUUUCCUCUUUCUGCUCUUUGUGUCGUCUUCCGGUGGCUCUAUUUCUGGCGGCAUCGCUUCUUCGGCUUUUGAGUCACUGUUUGGACUCUGUCGUUCUCCGGCGUUCCUGUGUGGUGGCUUGACUCGGGGAGGCGUGUUGUGGCUUGACUCGGGAAGGCGUGUGGCUCCGGUGAGGUUUUCAGUUGUCUCUCCGUCUAUGCUUUCGUUUGCACGGCAGAUUUCGGCGGCUUUCGGCGGAGGUCUUCUGUGUCGUGUAGUUCCGACUAGAUCUACGGGGUGUGCAUCUUACAGUCCUUUGAAGACGAGUCUCCAGCGCCGGCGAUUCAGAUCUGCUCCCUCAUCCAACUUAUCAUGCGUGUCAUAG